CGGGAACCAUGCAGUCUACUGUUUGACUCCCCUGACGCUACAACUCACAAGACGUGAACACUGGUCCGUGACAUACAAUCUAAGUGUUUGCAGAGAGACCUCGGUAAGAUAUAUACGUACAUAGUAUCAAUGAAAGAUAGUCUGUACUUAGUGACGAGGUUGGGCCCGGAAGACAUUGACUUUCAAACAACCGUACAACAAAAUGGCCGCCUGUGAGAGAAAGGUAGUGAUCGGAGUAGACGUAGGAGGCACAAACACUGACGCAGUACUUGUCCAAGUCAACACUGGCCUACCGAAAGUUGUGUCGUCUGCUAAAAGCUCGACAACCAGUGACGUUACCACGGGUAUAAAACGCGCCGUAGCAAGAUCUAUUCUGGAUGCUCUACCGUCCGAUAACAACCCUCUCAAUAUUACUCAACUGAACAUAGGAACUACUCAUUUUGUUAACGCUCUAGUACAAAGGAAAAAUCUCGCGAGAGUUGCAGUCAUCCGUCUUUGCGGCGCAGCGUCACGAUCCGUUCCUCCUUUCAGUGAUUUUGACGACGAGCUGAGGGGUUGUAUUGAUGGCGGUGUGUUCAUGGUGAAUGGUGGAUACGAGUUUGACGGGAAAGUGAUAUCCGAAGUGUCAAAGUCAGAGAUUGGAGAGUGUGUUGAAGUAUGUGUGAGAAACCGAAUUAACAAUAUCGUCGUUUGCGGAGUGUUUUCGCCAGUAAGAAGUAAACAAGAGGAGAUCGUGAAACAAAUGAUACAGGAUGUCCACCCUACCAUAAGCGUUACGCUGUCAAGUGAAAUCGGGCAAAUCGGCUUGUUGGAAAGAGAAAAUGCAUCCAUCCUAAACGAAUGUCUUAAACCUUUAAGUGAGGAGACUAUAGAAGGUUUAAAAGCAGCCAUAAGUGACCUUGGAUUGAACUGUCCGUUUUAUCUCACACAAAAUGACGGUACAAUCGUUACCGAGAAAAUCGCUCGAAGCCAGCCCGUCCGAACCUUUGCGUCCGGGCCUACAAAUAGCAUGAGAGGAGCAGCAUUCUUGUCUGGUGUGAAAAACGGCAUCGUUAUUGAUAUCGGUGGUACUACCACGGAUGUUGGUAUAUUACAGAAUGGAUUUCCGCGAGAAGCAUCUUCAGAAACAACGGUCGGCGGGAUCCGGACUAACUUCCGGAUGCCAGACAUUAGGAGUAUUGGUCUAGGAGGUGGUUCGUACGUGUCCGUUGAUCCGAUAAGUGUCGGUCCGAGGAGUGCAGGAUAUAAUUUGAACAAUGAGGCUUUAGCUUUCGGGACGGAGGUCGAUAUGGCGGGCAGAAGAUUGACAGCAACAGACGUGGCAGUGGCAGCCAAACACUGUCAUAUCGGAUCGCCAGAAAACGUUUCUCACAUUGAACCAGCUCCGAUAAUUGAUAAAAUUCGUGAAAUGGUUGAGGAAGCAGUAGACCAGAUGAAAAUAUCUGCUGCCGACUUGCCUGUGAUUUUGGUCGGAGGGGGAACAAUACUGCUUGACAACAGCCACUGUCUGAAAGGUGCUAACGAGGUCAUAAAACCAGGUCAUUCUGAUGUAGCAAAUGCUGUCGGUGCCGCUCUGAGUCAAGUGUCUGGGUCUGUCGAUAGAGUAUACAACCUGUCGGACUUCAGUGAUCAACAAGAGCUAUCUAAUGCCAUAGAAAUACAAAGAAGUGAACUAAACGCUACUGCUUCAAAGGAACAAAUCGAGGAAGCUGAACAAGAAAUUAGGAAGUCAUUCCACGUGAUAGCACGAGAAAAGGCAUUAGCAGAAGCCAGAUCUAUCGCGGUUGAGUUUGCUGUAGAUGCGGGUGCAAAUCGUGAAAGUAUCGAGCUCGUAGGGAAAAGUGAGAUCCCAUUAUCUUAUCUUCCCGGAAACGCUACACGAAUGCAGAUAAAAGUUGUCGGUGAAUUGAACACGGAACGCUCGGCCGAUAACAUCAUCUACACAUUUUCGAUGCCAACAUCAAUCGUCACUGACAAAGAACCACUGCAAAAUAAACAGACUUCAACUACAACUGGAGAAAUGAUCGGUACUGAAAACACUAGCGAGAUAGUUUCUGAUCCAGAAAUCGACCCAGCAACCGGUGAAUGGAUUUUAUCUUUAUGGGAUGUGGAAUGUAUCGGACUUGGUGCGGGAAUUCUGGGGUGUGGUGGCGGCGGGAGUCCCUACCUGGGGAGACUUACGGCUAAGAUGGCAAUAAAAGAAGGAAAGGUCAUUCGUGUCAUUACUAAAGAAAAAUUGCUGUCAAAAUAUCGAUCAAAACAGAAGUCAGCAAACAGCAUUGUUGUCCCUGUUGCUUUUAUGGGAGCCCCAUUGAUAGCCUCGGAGAAACUGUUAAGUGGAGAACCAGCCAAAUCACUCUCGUGUCUUCAACAACUGUACAAAGAUGGUUAUCGCGACGGAGAAUUACCUUCCGAACACAAUCAUACAGUUGAGUCCGACGAUGGUAUAACAUACAUACGGAACUAUCAACCAUCCGAACCUUCGACGUCCUCCAGCACGACUCUCGGUGACAAGGAGAUAGUUGCCUUGGUAUCAGCUGAAAUCGGGGGACUAAACUGUAUAGAACCUUUACUGGUAUCUGCAGAGCUAGGAAUUCCAGUCUUGGAUGCUGACGGUAUGGGACGAGCGUUCCCGGAGUUGCAAAUGUAUUGUCCUGUUAUAUAUGGCAAGAGACCAUUUCCAUCAACGCUUGCCGACUGCAAAGGACGCACGGAUGUGGUUCUAAAAGUCGAUACAGCUAAAAUACUUGAAAACCACUUUCGUAAGACCGUGGUGGACAUGGGCUGUAGCGCUGGGGUGACGAUCUGCAGUAUUCAAGUGGCGGAUGAUUUUGAUAAACUGAUCCACUACUCUAUCAGUCACGCCUGGAGAUUAGGCAGGGCCGUCCUAUUGAGUCGCCGCGAAAACACUUCCCCGACAGAUGCAAUACGAAUGGAAACCAAUGGGUUUUUGAACAUCAUCGGUAAGAUCAUUGAUGUCUGCAGGGACACCGCUGGGGGUUUCAAUAAAGGAUUUAUCAGGAUAGACGGAAUAGACAACUUCUCCGACAAAGAGGGCCUGAUUGAGUUUCAGAAUGAAAAUCUGAUCGUGCGAAUUGGCGCUCGAUCGAGUCAGAAAGAUGAUAUGGCGAUAGUAACAUGUGUCCCGGACCUCAUUACUGUUGUGGACACUGACACGGGGGAACCUAUUCCCACAGAGAAUGUCCAAUACGGCCAGAGAGUUAGCGUACUUACACUUCCAUCUCAUCCCAUGCUCAGGACGCCUCGCGCUUUGGAAUUCGUGGGACCUUGCGCAUUUGGCUACAACGACAUCGAGUUCUGUCCAUGUGGUCCUUUCCCGGAAAUGGUACCUGUGGGACCGAGAUAAUUACAUGGAUAUCGUAGUAAGCUACGGUUUUUUAUGACUCUACAAAGAUGUUCUACACAAAAUCAGAUGUUAUAUAUGUGCGUUGCUUUCUAUAUAUGCUAACGUUAUUGGAUAAAAGGAACCCUGUUUGGGCGGAGCAAUGUGACUGUUUAAAGAAUAUAUCAAACUUUUUUUUUUUAAAUUUUAAACUCUUCAAAUGUUCCGUUUAAGCUUGUUACAAAGUGUUGUUAUUACUUUUGGCGUGUUCUGAAAAUUGAAGAUAGCCACCAUGACAUCUGAUUGGCCGAAACAUUUUCGUUUUUUCUCAAUAACGUCUGCAGCGAUACACUCGUAUUCGGUACAGAUGUUGUUACUUUUAAAGCCGAACGGAAAAUCCAAGAUGGCCGCCUUAGCCUCUUAUUGGUUCAGACAUUUUCUACUACUGCAAUGAUUAGUACCAACCUUAAAACAAAACUACCUAAUGAUGUCCUGACCAAGUGAUGUUACUUUCAGUUCCAUCUUGAAUUCAUAGAUGGCUACCCUUGCCUUUGAUAACUAAAAGACGUGUUGAAUUUCAUCUCAAGAACGGCUGAAGCGAUUGACUCCAAACUUAAAACAAAUGUUCUGUAUAUGGAAUAGGCGAAUUGGUGUUUUUGUUUUUGUUUUAUUUGAAGUUGAAACUUCACGGAUUCUAUUUGUGGCGGUGAAGAUGAUAUUCACGUUACUGUAUUGAACUUAGUUUCAACAAUGUUUACAUUUUCACAUAUCAGCAGAUACUGUUUAGAUAUGGCCCUUCGAAUAUGACAAUUGAACCAAAUUCCAGACGGCUGUUCAUAUUUUAGACUUCUACUUUAUGUGGUGUAGAUUGUAGGUGGUUGUUUGUAGAUUGUGGAUAUUUUCAUUUUAAUGUAUAUUUGAGAGCAUCACAUGUUUCAUUAUUAGUAUUCAAUCUUGGUUUGAAAACAAAGUCAACAAAAACAAUGAUUUGGAACAUCAAUGUAUAUUUUUAUUCCAU